AGCGCUCGCUGAUUGCACAAAAGCUACAGCCACCGCUGCGACUGCAACUGCUGCUGCUCGCCGAGCUUCUUCUUCACUCCCUAUAGUUGUUGUGUGUAUUAUAGUCGCUGCUGCUGCUGCCUUGCCUGUUGCUGGCUUGAUUCCCCUCACGACGGUGAAUAACCUUCACUCGCUCAGUUCGCCGUGCUCACAUUCGUCCCCCGUUGCUCGCCGAGUGCACUCGCUUUCUCUCUUCGCUCCCGCUGGCCCGAGUAUAUAUCUGACACUCGGCUGUCGAGUCUCAUUUCUACGAGAGCCCAUCACAAAUAUCUCGACACAUCUCGAAUCGUUGGCUUGUGUUUUCUCCUGGUGCAAUUUGUUCGACGAUUAAGGACAAGGCUACACGGACAUCGCCUCUCAUUAGCGCUACCCCUCUGCUCAUCAUACGCCUUCAAUCAAAUAGUCCUUGACGGGAGCGACACCACGUCAGGCAGAUAAACAAUUCCAAUUACAAGAGAUCAAGUUGCUGCCGUGCGAAAAAUUCAGAAAAGUUUUGAAACACCAACACAAAAUAAGAUAUCAUCUUCCAUGAGGACGGUCGGGUUCAGAUAACGUGUGUUACCAUUAGGACGUGACACAUGCAGAUAGAUACACUGCACUCAGGUAUACCUAUACCCUCAGCAUAAUAACUCCCCCAGAAAAUAAAGAUGAAGUCUCUGAGCGGCCAGACGGAGAGAGAGCCAUCGCCGAGCGUUGAAACCUACUGGGUGGUUGAUGUAUUCGGACAGAACGACAAAGUCAAGCGCAAAUCCCGCCGUCCGCCGACCUUCAAUCCGGAGGAUUACGUGGUUUUUCUGCGCAAGGUGCUCACCACGACCAACGCCAAUGGAGGCAUGAGCUCGGCCGUCGACAAACUCUACGGCAAGGACUCGCAGAUGAGCUCAGAGAUGCGGUCGAAACUUUCCCACAGCGUCUCCGUGUCAUCGAGCGGCGAUCGUGACGGCCGACCAAACAACAAACAAUCCCCCGACGUGUCGGAUAUCCUCAAGAAACUCCGUUUGGACUUGUUUUUCUCGUUCGCCAGCUUCUGCAAGGAAUUCGUUGGCGAGACGUGCGACGGCAUCGCUCUCUUAAUGGACAUGCUGCGCACCAUUCAAAUGGCUCAAGUCGAACUGAACGGAUCCAACAAAGAAUUAUCGAACGUCCGUGCCAACCGACGAUCGCUGAUCCGCAACGCGUCGGCCGACGAAUUGGAAGUACUACUUUCCUUAUACCAACUGUGUUUAGCCAACGGUCAUGUCCCGGGCAAGGACCACGGACUUUCCCGACUGUUGGCUCACAACGCCGGAUUUUACGGCUUGGCACUGGCCCUUGUCAGUAAUCUAACCCGGACCCGCAGCCUCGCCUUGCAGUUGAUGACGGCGCUUUGCAAAAUGCCUGGCGGCCACUCACGUGUGUCCGAGGCAUUGACCACGCUGCGCUUGAACAUGGGGGAAUCGGUGCGACUCAAACUCUUGAGCGGCAUUGUGAAUUCUACUGCCUCACGUGUCGAAUCGCUGAUCGAAUCCACCGAGGAUGGACUAACAGGCGGAGGAGACGUCGCCUACAACACGGACUCAUCCCUUCGCUUCCUGGUUGAAGCCAUGGCUUUUCUUAACUCUUUUGUCCAGUCCGCCUCCGAUUUGAGGAAUCAAGUCGUCAUCCAGUGGGAGGUGGAGGAAGCUUCUCUCAACAUUCACGCUCUCGCUCAGGUUGCCGAUACGGUGAGAAGCCCGUUAGCCGCACAGCUAAGGCAAGAGCUCUCUGUCUGGAGCGAGAACCAAAUAAAUAUUGCUUUACUUUUGGACCGGCUCACUAAUGUUACCAGCACAAAUGAAGCCCUUCGCAAAGAUCUUCUCAGCUUGCGCUCACGAUUGUUGGCUCUGGAGAGUGAAAAGAAACGCUUUAGCGAGUUUGAAAACGAUAUGAAAAAACGCUGCGCCGAUCUGGAAACGGAGUUGACGACAAUGCGCGAUACGCACCCCAUAACAUCCUCCUCGUCCGUCGGCAUUCAAGCGACCGACAUAAGGAUGGAAGAUAAACUGGAGAGUAAUAGUCGUCCGCUUCACGAUUGGUACCACACGACAGGCAGUCAUAUGUCGUACGACGAUGAGGACUACGACAUCGACGACGUGAUUGAAGAAUUAAAUAACAUCGUCAACAGCGCCGAAUCCGACAUGAACACGGAAAAGAAUAGCAGCAGUAACUGUGGCAGCACCACCAAAGACUCUGGUUCUUUCACUGAAGAACACCUGGUUCCCAAAUAUCUUCCACGUCCGCCUCCACGGCCGGAAGCCAAAAAAUCAUUAACCAACAGUCCGAAUGCUGUUCACUUAGAUGAUUUAACGGGGGAAACCAGCGAUUUUCCCAUGGCGACAGUAAUCAGCGGCACACCGGAAAGCAAUCAAAUUUCGUCCGAUUCGGACAUGGAUGAACCAGGGCCAACCGAAAUCAGCCGGAAGAAAAUCACCCAGAGUUUUUUCCGGCAGAACAAUAAACUGGACAACGAAAACGAGUGCGAAGACGAAAAAGCUUUCAACAGCAGCGUCUGCGAAAGCGAUUGGGACAAAACGCAAAUACUUCGAAGAAAUAUCAGAAAGUCCUUCGGCUCAGUCGAGGGUAGCAGCCGGGGAAUUUCAAUCGAAGACAUGACCGAAGAUAAAAUUAAACCCGACAUUUUACGUGCAAUUCCGACUCGACUAUUCCACAAAUCUUGGGACGUAUUAGAAGCUCGUAGUCCCAUGUACACGGAUGACAUGAUAAUCAAUAACUCUUCUGCCAACAUGCAAGAUGGGCCUAUUCUACCGACCACUAGACGAAGACACGCCAGCGUUGACAAUCUGAAUGCUUUACAGCGGGAAAGUCCCAUCUUUAUUCAUCCGAUGGUGCAUCAUCCUAACCUCAGAGAUCGAGCCACCGAAGAAAUGCUGAUGUUCGAGCACCAACAGCAACAGCGCUUCCUAAUGGGACACAGUCCUCUAUCUCAGCAUAUGUAUCGCCAUCCGGAACACUUCCAUGAUUCACCAAUGUCACCCGUAGACCCGACAGCCCAUUUGGGCGAUCUGCAAGUUGGCGACGUUUUCUCAUUCCCAGGACAGUACUCGGGACAUUCUGGACGCGCAAGUUCACGCACUACUGAUCACAGCAGCAGAAAAAGCAAAAGAAAUCACGAAAUAGACAACCCUAGCAACAGUAAACCGGGUAGUCGAAAUUCCUUUGCGUUUGCCAGUCUUAUUCCUGGAUUUAUCAAAUCGUCGUUUGGCAGUUCUCGAGACUCGUCUUCUAAAUCGAGCCGGGAGGAAUGGGAAAAUUUCCAUGCCGAAAAAGUACUGAUGAAAGAUUACAGACAGCACUUUCAACCGCAUCAGUCGAUACUACCAUCGGUGUUGCGACAUUCAACAGACUUAGAAAUGAAUCCUGCAGAAUUCUGGCCUCCCUCCUUUCAAGCCAUGCCGUUCCGAAAUAUUCCACAGCAAUUAAGUGAUACCGACCCCAGAAGAAGCCAAAGAAAUCGGUCGAUUCGGUUAUCUUCUCCCACUCAAAUGGGACGUGGCAUUCACACGAACGCCAACAGAAUUGCAAAACUGAUGGACCAUCCUUCGGGAAUGUACUGAAAACCGAAAGAUGAUUGAUAACAAUUGCGCGUUGUCACAAAACCCAAAUAAUCUAUUGAAUUGUAAUAGAUUAGGUAUUAAGAAGAAUGCUUUAAAAUUUCACAUUUAGGUAUACUAACCAAAAUCCGGGUAUCGGAUAAAUACA